CUUGGCUCCACCAUAAGAGCCAUUUUGUGUUAGGCUGAAGAAACACUCUCCCUUCCUCUCUCAACACAUCCAUUAUCCCUUCCCUCCUCUCAUCCUGCGCACCCCCUCCCUGACGCACCACUGCGUACCAGGCCCUGCAAAGCCAGACUCCCUCAGUCUGAUGGUCUUGCCAGUGGAGGCUCCACUUGCAUUGAUGUUGCUGAACUAGGGAGAGGCUGAGAGCCUACAGCAAAAACAAAUAACAGAGGACGGCGGAUAAAAGAAGCAGGCUUGAUGGAAUAACCCACUGCUGUCCACAACCUCAAAAGGAUAUUGUUAUCAGGAAUCAGAUAGGUGGUAGGUGGCCUCUGAUAUCUGGCUGGGCUUUGUCCCAUCAGAUCCUGUGCUGUAACACUCAGACACCAUGGCAGGAGCCUCAGUGAAAGUAGCCGUGAGGGUCCGCCCCUUCAAUUCACGAGAGAUUGGAAAAGAUAGCAAGUGUAUCAUCCAGAUGUCAGGCAACACAACCACAAUAAUAAACCCUAAACAGCCAAAGGAAAACAAGAGCUUCAACUUUGACUAUUCCUAUUGGUCACAUACAACUCCAGAAGAUGUUAACUAUGCAUGCCAAAAGCAGGUGUAUAAGGACAUUGGGGAGGAAAUGCUUCUGCAUGCUUUUGAGGGAUACAAUGUGUGUAUCUUUGCCUAUGGCCAGACUGGGGCAGGAAAGUCAUACACCAUGAUGGGCAAGCAAGAGAAAGACCAAGAGGGCAUCAUUCCAUUGCUAUGUGAGGACCUGUUUACCAAGAUCAAUGACAAUAAUGCCAAUUGCAUGUCAUACUCAGUUGAGGUGAGUUAUAUGGAGAUUUACUGUGAACGUGUUAGGGAUCUGCUGAACCCAAAGAACAAAGGGAACCUGCGUGUGCGAGAGCAUCCCCUGAUGGGGCCAUAUGUGGAGGACCUGUCAAAACUAGCAGUAACCUCCUACAAUGACAUCCAGGACUUGAUGGACUCUGGCAACAAAGCCAGGACUGUGGCAGCCACAAAUAUGAAUGAGACCAGCAGCCGUUCUCAUGCCGUUUUCAACAUCAUCUUCACCCAGAAACGACAUGAUGGUGAAACAGACAACACCUCUGAAAAGGUCAGCAAAAUCAGCCUAGUCGACUUGGCAGGAAGUGAGAGGGCCGAUUCUACUGGAGCUAAAGGCACUAGACUGAAGGAAGGAGCCAAUAUCAACAAAUCUUUAACAACACUGGGUAAAGUUAUCUCUGCUUUGGCUGAGAUGGACUUUGCACCAAACAAGAACAAAAAGAAGAAGAAAGUGGAGAGCUUUAUUCCUUACAGAGACUCGGUUCUGACCUGGCUGCUGAGGGAAAACCUCGGAGGAAACUCUCGUACUGCCAUGGUUGCAGCUCUGAGCCCUGCUGAUAUUAACUAUGAUGAGACACUCAGCACUCUCAGGUAUGCUGAUCGUGCCAAGCAGAUCCGAUGCAACGCCGUCAUCAAUGAAGACCCCAACAACCGCCUGGUGCGUGAGCUGAAAGAUGAAGUGGCACGUCUGAAGGAUCUGCUCUACGCUCAGGGUCUUGGAGACAUCAUUGAGACAUUUCGGGCACCAGGUCCUGGGAUACCUGCUCUCAAAUACUUGUCCAAUUACAAGACUAAAAUCAAUAGCAUCCAGGCUGUCAAUCAAAGGGGUGAUUUCUCCACAGUGACCAAUGCCAUGACAGGGAUGAGCCCCUCCCCUUCUCUCUCUGCCCUGUCAAGCCGAGCUGGCUCCAUCAGCAGCCUGCAUGAUCGAAUCAUGUUCAACCCGGGAAGUGAGGAAGCUAUUGAGAGGCUGAAGGAAACUGAGAAGAUAAUUGCAGAACUCAAUGAAACUUGGGAAGAGAAGCUUCGCCGCACAGAGGCCAUUAGGAUGGAAAGGGAGGCACUUUUGGCUGAAAUGGGUGUGGCAAUGAGGGAAGAUGGGGGAACAGUUGGAGUCUUUUCUCCUAAGAAGACGCCUCACCUGGUCAAUCUGAAUGAAGAUCCACUGAUGUCUGAGUGCCUACUGUACUACAUUAAAGACGGAAUCACCAAGGUCGGCCGUGAGGAUGCCAGCAGUCGGCAGGACAUUGUCCUAAGUGGUCACUUCAUUGAAGACGAACACUGUAUCUUCACAAGUAGCACUAAUGCCUCAGGAGAGGGAACAGUGGUCCUGGAGCCCUGUGAGGGAGCCGAGACUUACGUUAAUGGGAAGAGAGUGACAGAGCCCACUAUUCUCAGAUCAGGUAACCGUAUCGUUAUGGGCAAGAGCCAUGUGUUCCGAUUCAAUGACCCAGAGCAAGCCCGGCAAGAACGAGAAAGGACACCAUGUGCAGAAACACCUGUGGAGCCUGUGGACUGGGCUUUUGCCCAGAGAGAACUGUUGGAGAAACAAGGCAUUGAUAUGAAACAAGAGAUGGAGCAGAGAUUACAGGAACUGGAGGACCAGUACCGUAAGGAAAGAGAAGACGCAAGCAACCUUCUUGAACAGCAGAGACUUGACUACGAGAGUAAACUGGAAGCUCUUCAGAAGCAGGUUGACUCCCGAUAUUACCCAGAAAUCACUGAGGAAGAGGAAGAACCAGAAGAGGAAGUGCCGUGGACAAAGCGAGAGACAGAACUGGCCCUCUGGGCUUUCCGUAAAUGGCGGUUCUACCAGUUCACCUCUCUCAGAGACCUGCUCUGGGGAAAUGCAAUUUUCCUCAAGGAAGCUAAUGCCAUUAGCGUGGAGCUCAAGAAAAAGGUUCAGUUUCAGUUUGUAUUGCUAACAGACACACUGUACUCACCGCUGCCCCCUGACCUGCUGCCCCCCAGUGUAGCCAAAGACAGGGAGAAAAGGCUGUUCCCACGCACUAUAGUAGCAGUAGAAGUUCAGGACCAGAAGAACGGUGCCACACACUACUGGACUUUAGAGAAACUCAGACAAAGACUGGAUCUGAUGAGAGAAAUGUAUGACCGAGCAGCAGAGGUGCCCAGUUCUGCAAUUGAAGAUUGUGACCAUAUGAUGUCUGGUGGUGAUCCCUUCUAUGACCGCUUUCCUUGGUUUCGUCUGGUUGGCAGCACUCCCAUUCUGAACACGUGCAUGAGCAAGCGCAUGAGUGACCUUACCCUCUCCCCCACCCUCUCCGACCCCGACUCUGACAUAACCGAGCUCGCCGAUGAGCGGCAUUAUGGGAAAGUCGAGGUGGAGGAGGAAGAGUUGGAGGACCUGGACGAUGAGAUCUUUAUGGAGGACUCAGAACAUGAGAGAGAGGAGGAUGGUGUGGAGGAGCACUGCCCAGGUGCCAGCGAUGGCCAGGACCCCUUUUACGACCGCUGGCCUCUGUUCAGUUUUGUGGGAAGGGCAUUUGUGUAUCUAAGUAACCUGCUGUACCCUGUACCAUUGGUACACCGUGUCGCCAUUGUUAGUGAGAAAGGCGAGGUCAAGGGGUUCCUCCGGGUGGCAGUGCAAGCCAUCUCGGCUGAUGAAGAGGCUCCUGAUUAUGGCUCGGGUGUACGACAAUCAGGAACCGCCAAGAUUUCAUUUGAAGAUCAACAAUUUGAGAAGUUCCAGACAGAGUCAUGCACCGGUGGGAUGUCUCACGCAAACACAUCUCAAGAGGAGCUGCGCAUCGUAGAAGGAGAAGGACAGAACUCAGAAAUGGGGCUCAGUGCUGAUGAGGUCAACAACAACACCUGUACAGCAUCUCCUGAUAUUCUUAACAGUCCUCUUAAGGGCAGUCUGGAAUUUCCUCUUGAUGUGACUCAGGAAAAAUCUUUCCAGCACCUGAAAAUAGGCAGCAGCUUUACCUUCAGGGUCACAGUGCUUCAAGCCUCCAGCAUCUCUGCUGAGUAUGCAGACAUCUUCUGCCAGUUCAACUUCAUCCACAGGCAUGACGAGGCAUUUUCCACUGAGCCCUUGAAAAACACCGGCAGAGGCCCUCCUCUGGGAUUCUACCAUGUGCAAAAUAUAACUGUGGAGGUCACCAAGUCUUUUGUGGAAUACAUCAAAAGUCAGCCGAUCGUUUUUGAGGUAUUUGGGCACUACCAGAAACAGCCCUUCCCUCCUCUCUGUAAGGACUUAAUUAGUUCAUUACGUCCAACAAGACGGCAGUUCCCUAGGGUUAUGCCCUUGUCAAAGCCAGUGCCCGCCACCAAACUGAGCACCCUGACACGCUCCACCGCUGGCCCCUGUCACUGCAAAUAUGACCUCAUGGCUUUCUUUGAGAUCUGUGAACUGGAGGCCAAUGGGGACUACAUCCCAUCUGUUGUUGAUCACAGAGGUGGAAUGCCCUGCCAUGGUACAUUCCUAUUACACCAGGGCAUCCAAAGGAGAAUUACGGUCACUGUAGCCCAUGAAACUGGUAAUGACAUUGAGUGGAAGGAGGUCAAGGAGCUGGUCAUAGGCCGCAUCCGUAACACACCCGAGGCAGAUGAGACGAUCAUAGAUCCCAACAUCCUGUCCCUCAACAUCCUCUCUUCAGGAUACAUACGGCCAUCUUAUGAUGACAGUGUGUCACUGGGAAUUGACCAUAGGACAUUUUACCACUUUGAGGCAGCAUGGGAUAGCUCCAUGCACAACUCCCUCCUUCUGAACCGUGUCACUCCAUACGGAGAAAAAAUUUACAUCACUCUCUCUGCUUACCUUGAGAUGGAGAACUGCACUCAGCCCACUGUCAUCACUAAGGACUUCUGCAUGGUGUUCUACUCCAGAGAUGCCAAACUUCCUGCAUCACGCUCUAUUCGAAACCUUUUUAGCACUGGUGCUUUCAGGCCCUCUGAGAGUAACCGUGUGACCGGAGUGUAUGAAUUAAGCCUCUGCCACGUGGCGGAUAUCGGAAGUCCUGGUAUGCAGAGGAGGCGCAGACGGGUGCUGGACACCUCAGUGGCGUACGUGCGUGGAGAGGAGAAUCUUGCAGGCUGGAGGCCCCGCAGUGACAGUCUCAUCCUGGACCACCAAUGGGAACUGGAGAAACUCAGCCUAUUACAAGAGGUGGAGAAGACCAGGCAUUACCUUCUGCUGAGAGAGAAGCUAGAAGCCUCUCUGCUGCUGGAACAGGACACUUUUUGUGGUAAAGACCUCAUGGACUCACCUAAAGCCUCUAGCCCCUUGAUCAAUCCAGUAGCCAGCCUGGGUCUGGACAGCCCCAACAAUAGGCAGAGGGAAUUGGCUGCCAAGUGUGUGCGACUGCUCAUGCACACCUUCAACAGGCAGUACAGCCAGGUGAGCAGCAGUCUCAGUGAGAGCAAGCUGUCAGAGAUGUCUGCGUCAUUCUUAAGAGACAGAUCUUCCUCAGCUCUGAGCACUCUGACCCCCUCCUCCACCUGCCCGUCAUUGGUGGAUGGUCACUUUGGCAAUCCAGACUUCAGAGGUGCUGAGACUAACUCUGGUGCCUCGAGCCCUGAUCUAGACCCCUUCAGCCCUGUAGAGAGAAAACCCAAGAGCUGCACCUUCAUCCCCAAUAUCCAAGAGAUUCGUGUCAGCCCCAUUGUGUCAAAGAAAGGCUAUCUCAACUUUCUGGAGCCACACACCAGUGGCUGGGUCAGACGUUAUAUUGUGGUGCGGCGGCCAUAUGUCUACUUGUACCGCAGUGAGAGAGACUGUGUAGAGAGAGCCGUCAUCAACCUCUCAUCUGCCCAGGUGGAUUACAGCGAAGAUCAGCAGACCAUGUUGAGGGCUUCUAACACAUUUGCUGUGUGCACUGAGCACCGCAACAUUCUCCUCCAAGCCAGCAAUGACAAAGAGAUGCAUGACUGGCUGUAUGCGUUCAACCCACUGCUGGCUGGAACCAUCAGGUCUAAGCUUUCCAGAAGAAAAUCAGGUCAAAUGAGGAUGUGAAACCCUUUUUUCUUAGCUCAGAACAUAAACAGAUAACUAACAGAACUUGUGAUUAAUUAGGUCAUGUGAUCAUGAGUGCCCAAUCCCCACUUCAUCACAGCUGCAUCUUGCCCGCCUGCCCCAGCACCCCUUGGUCUUUCUAUACCAACAUGCCAACCAUAGAGUGUGGGCCUAGCUUCACAGAGAGUGUGUGUUUAUGUGUGUGUGAUAGGCCCCAUUUAGUCAGUUACAAAUGUAAAUGUGCAAUUGUAUUAUUCCUCGCUGACAUUGCUAAAAACUAGAAUGGCGUCUUAGACAUGGCCCCACUCAUACUUGUAACAGCAUUAGUUCAUUUGUAAAUGCGACAUAAUGCUCUGUGUAUGUGCUCCUGCAGAAUAGUUGUCAAGUGCUUUUAUCUGGGCUUCAGUAGAUGCCUCUUGGUUUUGAAAAUGCUGCCAUGGUCAUUGUGCUGUUUGAAGGGAUGCAGAGCUUUUAAGGUUUUUUAAAGGUGAUCUUUUAUGUUUUGGAUGAUUGCAGAAGAAAGAAUUGGGAUGGAUCUUAGACUGAUAGAUGUAAUUCUCCAUUAUUUUGACAAAAAUUAACAUGGGAAAAGUUGUACUAACCCUCUACCAUUUUUUUUUUUGUGUUUUUUUCAUCUGUUAUGUCUUUUUUUUUUACAUUACAUAAUUUUGUUUACUUAUUUAUUAAGCAUUGUAUGUUUUAAAAACAUGAUUUAUUAAGAGGUCACUAUUUGAAGUGUGUUACAAAAAUUUAUUUUACACCUUGAUAAUAAGCUUUGAUUAUUUACAAGGUUCGUUUUGUUAAUUUGCACAAGAGCUCUGCUGCUACAGAGAAUUUAAACUCAUUUGAUGUAUCUGUAUUUAUAGCUUUUGUCUGCUUGGAUGAAUGACACAAAAAUUGGACAGAGGUGAAGAUAAAUUUCCUGUUAUUGAUGCACUGAACAUAAAUACAGCACAUUUAACUUUUAGAUAAGAGAUAUUUUAUUUAGAUUACAGCAUACCGCAUCUAUCACAUUGUAUUGUGCAGGAAGUCUGUGUUCAAGAGAACUGUAUCUUAUGUAACUGCAUACUGUAGUUCCUAUUUUAUAGCUUCUAUCUUCCAGUCGUUCCAGCCUUACAUGUCAAAACAGAAUAUUUGUUUUCAAGAAAAUUUGGAGAGUACCCCCUACUUGGUGUUUCUCCUGAGAGGUGGCAAUGAGAUGAUUUCUUGGAAGAGGAGUUCCAGUUUUAUUGUUACAGUACAGGUAUAUAAAGAAAAGUAUGUUAAGCCAAUGCUUUUACCAAAAGUUUAGUUGUCAACAUCAGAUUUGUUCUAGAGAACCUUUAUAUACAGUAGCUCAAUUAAAGUUUUUUUUUCAUUAAUUUUAUGUGAGAUGUAUCGGUUAUAUUACGUAUACCCAUGUUCCUUGUUUUUGGUCCACCCUUUGCUUUGUGACUGUAAAGAGAGUGUAAAAGUAUAGAACAGUUGUGUCUCCUAUGAGGAAAUUAAAAUGAUGGUUACAUCUUAAAGAGGUAUUACCAAAGGCCACUAUAUCGUAUGCUGAUACUGUAAAUUCAGAGAUCUUCUCUAAAUGCUAUUGGUCAGUCAGCCAUUUAGUAUGUUGUUCAUGCCAUGUGUUGCUAUCUUAGACCUCCUCCUGGUGUUUUGUGCCAUGGGCCAGCCAACCCAAAGAGCACAAAUUUAGCAGCAAUAUCAGGUCUGAACAUUGCCUGUUUAGAUAGCAGUUCAGCAGUACUAGUCUAUACCUCUCAAAAUUGUUUCAUAAGCAGCAAUACAUGUAGGUAAUGCCUUGAUAGAUUUAACAAGUUCAAUGAAAUGGAUCUGAAAUGCUAGUUAGAAACAGAUGUUUGGGUUCUGGACAUUAUGUUGACAGUUAUGCCUCCCAGUGCCCUGAUCAAGUUUUUUUUAUCCAUUUCUGCUUUUGAUAAUGUUAUGUACAGUAUAUGACAGCAUGCUGUACAUAUCUAUUAAGCUUUUUAAUGAAAUAUAUAAAAUGUAUCUCAUUUACCUCCAUACAGUAUGAGUAGCAUUUAUAUAAAAAUAAUAGUUACAUCAGAUUCAUUUGUAUUAUUUUACUGGAUUCAAGGAUCACAGUUGACUAUGAGCAUGAUGUGUUUGCACCCCCUGCUUUGGACAUUCAAGAGGACUUUGUCAACAUGCAUCAAGAUGUAUUGCAGAUAAAUAAAAUUUUUAGGGUUUAUAGUUGAACUUGAUAAUGUGUCUUUCUCUCUCACUCUCAAUGGAUCCCUUAUGUUAUCAUGUCUUUUCAAGCAUCAUUUUGAAUAAACAUCCUUCAUCCAUCCUAAUAUUUCAAAUAAAAAUACAAAAAUACAAAAAUACAAAAAAGGAUCUCAAUAUAAACUAAGUGUAUCUACUGUAAUUGCUUCUAUAUUUCUGUUGAUUUGCUCUGUAUAUAAACCCAACUGUGAUCUAGCACACAACUAUAACCACUUUAUACCAUAAUACUGUGUAUAAUACUAUACUGUAGUGUACUCAGUGCUCAAGUUCUUUGAGUGUUGGACCUGUGUCUUCUAAUGUCUGUGGACACUUAAAACUUUGUCGGGUGUGAAAUAAAUGUGAAAUAUGCGCAACA